AUGGGUGAACUAGCAAUGGGUGAACUAGCAAUGGGUGAACUAACAGUGGGUGAACUAGCAAUGGGUGAACUAACAGUGGGUGAACUAACAGUGGGUGAACUAACAGUGGGUGAACUAACAAUGGGUGAACUAACAGUGGGUGAACUAACAGUGGGUGAACUAACAGUGGGUGAACUAACAGUGGGUGAACUAGCAAUGGGUGAACUAACAAUGGGUGAACUAGCAAUGGGUGAACUAACAAUGGGUGAACUAACAAUGGGUGAACUAACAAUGGGUGAACUAGCAAUGGGUGAACUAACAGUGGGUGAACUAGCAAUGGGUGAACUAGCAAUGGGUGAACUAGCAAUGAGUGAACUAGCAAUGAGUGAACUAACAGUGGGUGAACUAACAAUGGGUGAACUAGCAAUGAGUGAACUAGCAAUGGGUGAACUAACAAUGGGUGAACUAGCAAUGGGUGAACUAGCAAUGAGUGAACUAGCAAUGAGUGAACUAGCAAUGGGUGAACUAACAAUGAGUGAACUAGCAAUGGGUGAACUAGCAAUGAGUGGCGGCGGCUUCUGGCCCGCCCACCACCAACGGCUUCCCGAAAAGGUUGUACUAAAAAUCAGUUAUUAA